CUUGUCUCGUUGAGCCCGCCCCUUGCUCGGGAGAGCUCGAGCCUUGUGGCAGCCGCAGAGCCCACCACCACCACCAGUUGACUGUCUGAGCAAACCCCACUCCUCUUUGCAGUAUGCAAUGUUGUCCAGGGAUUCCGCAAAACGUUCACGUCCUGGUCCCGCCAGUUUACCGGCCAGAAACAAGACUUGCGGAUAACGGUAUUGGAUGUGGCACCCAGACUGUAGGCGCUUGAGCGAGGGAACACGCUGGAGUGAGCGGAGCACGGUAUUCAGCCUGCCGCUCUCCACAAUGUGGAUAAUCAUGCAUGUGCUCUUCGGGGGGCUAGGGUUUCUACUGGUCGCUGAUUUACUGAAUACGGUGGCAACCACGGAGAUAUUGCAUGUGAAUACAAGCAGAGUGGCAUCAGAGGAGCUCCGCGCGUAUGAGAUUAUUACCCCGGUGAGAGUGAAUGAAGCAGGCGGCCAGUUCCCGACGAGUGUGCACUUCAAGAGGAAGCGGCGUAGUUUGGACCGGGACGCCAGCAACACCACGGACCAAUGGGCCUCGUCCAACAUCCACUACAGGAUAUCUGCGUUCGGGCAGGACUAUCACCUGAACCUCACGCUGGAGUCUGGAUUUAUCGCACCGAUGUACACCGUGACCGUUCUUGGAGUACCGAGAGGAGGGAGCAACAUAACGGAUUUCUGGGGUGGAGGAGGAGAGGGGGAAGUGGAUGAGGAGGACACCGAGUUGAACCACUGUUUCUAUAAAGGACAUGUGAACGCUCACGCAGAACACGCCGCGGUCAUCAGUCUUUGCUCCGGACUGCUGGGCACAUUCACGUCUCUGGAAGGGGAGUACUUUGUGGAACCCCUCCACAGCUACGAAGGAGAGCACUAUGAGGAAGAACACAUGAAACCUCACAUUGUGUACAGGAAGAGCGCUCCCAAGGAGAAGAGGGAGGGAGAGGAGCCGGCCUGUGACACCUCAGGUCACAAACACAGACACAAGAGGCACAGGCCCAGGCGCCCAGGGGCCGGGGUGACCGGGGCCCCCGGCCUGUCCCCACCCGUCCUGGGGAGCGCCAUCCUCAACGACCUGGAGAGGCUGAGCUCCGGGCUGCUCGGCGGCGCCCUGACCCGGGCGGAGAGCCCCGCCGGCAGGGUGGCCAGUCGAGCGUCAAACGACAGCAGCGGCGACUCGGGACCCCACCGGAGGUCAAAGCGCUUCCUCUCCUACCCACGCUUCGUUGAGGUCAUGCUGGUGGCGGACAGCAAGAUGGUGGAGCACCAUGGCAGCAACCUCCAGCACUAUAUCCUCACGCUCAUGUCCAUCGUGUCCUCCAUCUACAAAGACCCCAGCAUUGGAAAUCUGAUCAACAUUGUGAUCGUGAAGCUGGUCAUAUUAAACAACGAAUUGGACGGUCCAGUCAUCUCUUUUAACGCACAGACCACGUUGAAAAACUUCUGCAUUUGGCAGCAGAGUCAGAACAUUGUGGAUGACAGCCACCAUUCACACCACGACACAGCCAUCCUCAUCACCAGACAAGACAUCUGCAGAGCCAGGGAUAAGUGUGACACUCUGGGCCUUGCAGAGCUGGGUACUGUGUGUGAUCCGUACAGGAGCUGCAGCAUCAGUGAGGACAACGGACUCAGCACUGCCUUCACCAUCGCCCAUGAGCUUGGCCACGUGUUUAACAUGCCCCAUGAUGACAGCAACAAGUGUAAAGAGGAUGGAGUGAAGAUCCAGCAGCACGUGAUGGCCCCCACCCUAAACUACAACACCAACCCCUGGAUGUGGUCCAAGUGUAGCAGGAAGUACAUCACAGAGUUCCUUGACACCGGGUAUGGUGAGUGUUUGCUGGAUGAGCCAGUCUCUCGGCCAUACAGCCUCUCCCAGCAACUGCCGGGGCGCAUAUACAACGUCAAUAAACAGUGUGAACUGAUUUUUGGGCCUGGGACACAGGUGUGCCCUUAUAUGAUCCAGUGUCGCAGGCUGUGGUGCAUGAGUCCAGAGGGGCCGCAGAGGGGCUGUCGUACGCAGCACAUGCCCUGGGCGGACGGGACAGAGUGCUCCCCUGGAAAGCAAUGUAAGCACGGCCUGUGCAUCGUGAAGGAGCACGACGCGGCGGCCAUUGACGGGGCGUGGGGCGUAUGGAGCCCCUUCGGCACCUGCUCUCGGACCUGCGGCGGGGGCAUCAAGAUCGCCGCCCGCGAGUGCAACCGACCCGUGCCAAGGAGCGGGGGGCAGUACUGCGUGGGCCGCAGGAUGAAGUUCCGCUCCUGCAACUCGGAGCCGUGCUCCAAGCAGAAGAAGGACUUCAGGGAGGAGCAGUGCGCCUCCUUCGACGGCCGGCACUUCAACAUCAACGGCCUACCUCCAAACGUCCGCUGGGUGCCCAAGUACAGCGGCAUUCUGAUGAAGGACAGGUGUAAGCUGUUCUGCAGGGUGUCCGGCAGCACGGCCUACUACCAGCUCAGGGACCGGGUCACAGACGGCACGCCGUGCGGACCAGACACCAAUGACAUCUGCGUCCAAGGCCUGUGCAGGCAAGCAGGCUGUGACCACGUACUCAAUUCCAAAGCCAGGAGGGACAAAUGUGGCGUGUGCGGAGGCGACAACUCCUCUUGCAAAACCAUUGCAGGCACCUUCAACAUUGUCCGCUACGGAUACAAUGAGGUGGUGCGAAUUCCAAGCGGCGCGACGAACAUAGACGUGCGUCAACACAGUUACUCAGGGAAACCAGAAGAUGACAACUACCUUGCCAUCUCAAACAGCCGGUCAGAAUACCUGCUCAACGGGGAGUUUGUGGUGAGCAUGUUCAAAAGGGAAAUCAAAGUGGGCAACGUGGUCAUCGAAUACAGCGGCUCGGACCACGUCGUGGAGAGGAUCAACUGCACUGAACGCAUCGAGGAGGACAUCAUUGUUCAGGUGCUGUCGGUGGGAAACCUUUACAACCCAGAUGUGAGGUUCUCCUUUAACAUCCCCAUCGAGGACAAACCGCAGCAGUUCUUCUGGGACGCCUACGGACCAUGGCAGGACUGCAGCCGCCUGUGCCAAGGGGAGCGCAAGCGGAAGAUAGGAUGCAGCCGAGAGUCCGACAGGGUGGUGGUGUCGGAGCAGAGGUGUGACGGUACAGCCAGGCCUGCAGUGAUCACCGAGCACUGCAACACAGAGUGCGAACUCAGAUGGGAAGUGGCCCGUAAGAGCGAGUGCACGGCGCAGUGUGGCGUGGGCUACCGCACCCUGGAGAUCCACUGUGUCAAGAUCAGCCGCAGCGACGCCAAAAGCCAGAAGGUGGACGACCGCUACUGCAGCAACCAGCACAGGCCAGGGGACAAGGAGGGUUGUCUCGGGGACUGUAGCCCGGGGGGCUGGGAGUACUCGUCCUGGUCCGAGUGCACUAAGACCUGCGGGGGGGGCACCCGGCAUCGAGGGGCUUCGUGUGGGACCGAUGAAAGCAAGUGUAACCAGAGGGACAAGCUGAAUGUCCAGCCCUGCAACGAGUUCCUCUGUCCACAGUGGAAGACCGGUGAAUGGUCUGAGUGCCUGGUGACCUGUGGGAAGGGCUACAAGCACCGGCAGACCUGGUGUCAGUUUGGUGAGGACCGGUUAGACGACCGCUUCUGCGACUCCUCCAAGCCUGAGUCUGUGCAGUCCUGUCAGCAGCAGGAGUGUGCGUCCUGGCAGGUCGGGCACUGGGGACAGUGCACAACCUCAUGUGGCCAGGGCUACCAGAUGCGGGCGGUGAAGUGUGUGGUGGGCUCCUACGGUGGAGUCAUGGAUGACAUGGAGUGCAACGCAGCCACACGGCCCACCGACUCACAGGACUGUGAGCUGGCCCAAUGUCCCAGCAGCCACCCUGUCCCACCAGGCACCAAGACUCCCUCCAACCAGGGACACAAGACACAGUGGCGGUUUGGCUCCUGGACACAAUGUAGCGCAAGUUGCGGCAAAGGCACGCGGAUGCGCUACGUGAGUUGCCGCGACAACCAGGGCGGGGUCGCGGAGGAGUCUGCCUGUGCCCACCUCCAGAAGCCUCCGGCGCGGGAGGUGUGCACCGUGGUGGCGUGCGGACAGUGGAAGGUUCUGGAAUGGACCGCGUGCUCGGUGUCCUGCGGCCAGGGGAAGACCACGCGUCAGGCGCUGUGCGUUAACUUCAACGACCAGGAGGUGAACAUGUCCGAGUGUGACCCGGAGGACCAGCCCCCCAUCGAACAGGACUGCGCCAUGUCCCAGUGCCCGUCCCGCUCCGGGGACCCCCGCUCGCUGCCCUCCCUGCCCGGCGGGGGCCCCAGGAACAACCUGCCACGCUCCCAGGCCGACCAGUGGAGGACGGGACCCUGGGGAGCGUGCUCCAGCACGUGCGCGGGGGGGUUCCAGCGCCGGGUGGUGGUCUGCCAGGACGAGAACGGCUACUCUGCCAACAGCUGUGAGGAGCGCAGCAAGCCCAUCCAGCAGCGCUCCUGCGAGUCCGGGCCCUGCCCGCAGUGGGUGUACGGCAACUGGGGAGAGUGCACCAAGCCGUGCGGAGGCGGGGUGAAGACCAGGCUGGUGGUUUGCCAGCGCCCUAACGGCGAGCGCUUUAACCAUCUGAGCUGCGAGAUCCUGGACAAACCGCCGGAUCGCGAGCAGUGCAAUACUCAGUCGUGUUCGGCGAACCCGCACUGGAGCACGGACCCAUGGAGCUCGUGUUCGGCCUCCUGCGGAAAAGGCCUCAGGAACCGCCCGGUGAGCUGUGUGACCGGGUCAGGGCUCCCUCUCCCGGAGGAGGACUGCCGGCUGCGGCCCAAGCCUGCCAGGCAGAGGCGCUGCCGCGGGAGCCGCUGCCCCAAGUGGAAGACGGGCGGCUGGGCAGAGUGUUCAGCGACAUGUGGCGCCGGUACGCAGCGGCGCGAGGUCUCCUGUCGGCUCGGAAACCGGCGGAGUCCAGACGAGACAGAGUGCUCCAAGCGCUCGCGACCGGCUUCCGGUCAGCCGUGCAGCAUUACCGAGUGUCCCUCGAUGUACCAAUGGCGGGAAGAGGAAUGGCAACCAUGCAGUAAGUCAUGCGGGACGGGCCAUCGGCGACGGGCCAUGCAGUGUGUGGACCAGCUGGGGAAAGAGGUCCAUGACAUGUUCUGUGCAAGCCAGGUCCGAGCCCCGGACUCGGAGCCCUGUAACAGCCACCCUUGUGAUUUUGUCUGGGUCACCGGGGAUUGGACUGACUGUUCAGCCAGCUGUGGCGAGAGCUUCCGCCGGCGUCUUGUUUCCUGCAGUGAGGUGCAUUCUGGGAAUUCUGACAACUAUGAGUACGGACAUCAGUCUUCUUCAAACUGCCCCGGGACGCCCCCUGAGAGCUACUCGCCCUGUACUGUGGGCCCCUGCCUGGCGCCGCAGGAAUGGAGGGCCGGAACCUGGGGGCCGUGCUCGGUGAGUUGUGGUGCUGGGGUGAUGGAGAGGAAUCUACAGUGUGAGACGGCAGACGGUCAGCAGGUCACCAGGUGUCCCCCUGACGCCAUGCCAGAGAGGAGGAAGGUCUGCAGCAACCUGGACUGCCAUUUGCCUGUGAGCUGCCGGGACGUCCAGAGACUGCAUGGACGCGUCCCAGAUGGCGAGCACUUUCUCAGAAUUCAUGGGAAAGCACUCAAGGUCUACUGUGCUGGCCUCCAGACAGACACGCCGCAGGAGUACCUCACCCUGACCGCUGGGGAACGGGAGAACUUCUCUGAGGUCUUUGGCUUCAGACUGAUAGACCCCACCCAGUGUCCAGCAAACGGCUCGAUCAGAGAGGACUGUGAGUGCAGGAAGGACUACAGCGCCGCUGGCCUCUCCGCCUUCUCCAAGGUCCGCCUGGACCUCAGCAAGAUGCACAUCGUCACCACAGACUGGCAGUUUGCAUCCACCCAUGAAGGCCAGCGAGUUCCCUUUGCAACAGCUGGAGACUGCUUUAGCGCCGCCCGCUGUCCACAGGGGCAAUUCAGAGUUAACCUCUCAGGUACAGGCCUGCAGGUGGCCCAGGACGCUCACUGGAUCACCCAGGGCAACUAUGCAGUGGCUGAGAUCAGUAGAUCAGAGGAUGGCAGCAGAGUUACAGGAAUGUGCGGCGGAUACUGUGGAACAUGUACUCCCUCCUCCUCCAGCCUAGCAGUCAUACUGGAAUAGAAUCCACCACAUCAAUCAGGUCUUUUUCAGGUGUUCAUAUCGGGCCAGUAUGUGCCUUCCUGUUCAGUGGUGCUAAAGCUGUCUCAGUCGCAGUCUCUACUCUGUCCACCAGAUGUCCUCGUCUCACACAAUGUGUACAUAAUGUAAAGGAAUAUGCUGUAAGUACUGUAUAAAUAUAUUUAUUAUAUAAUGCUUUUCUUUCCUUGUUAUAUCAUAAUGUAACUUGUUUGUUAAAUUGGCGUGUGUGAGGCAAAACCUGCUCUAUGUUGUUUAUUUCUGGCAAUAUGGGCCAUUUUGUCUUGUUGAAGCCAUUGUGGUACAUCCACACAUCCACUGUUCACUAGUGUUGGUAUAGCUAUAAGUAGCAAAUCUUCUGAUGUUGAUUGGCUGCUGGUCACCAUCCUAGUUUGUCUCUAUCUCUGCUCACUUUCUCAGCUCAAACUGCCCUUUAUAGCAUCACACUGUUACCCACUCACAGUUUGCCAGUGUUACCAAGGUAUCACCCAAUCAAAGCCUUUAACGAAUACCUCAUGGGCAGCUAUGUUCAGUCUUGUGCUUUUCUUCUACAUUAAUUGUAGACUGACUGCUGUCUCUAUACUGGAUACUGUGUAUCCAAUAGUGUAGAGGAGAGUACAUCUGUGUGUCAGCAUUGUUAUGACAGUCUUACUCUGGGAAAUACUGUACACAUAGUCUUAUGGUCAUGGUGCUACUAAUGUUGCAUGAGGAGGCAAGACAUGUGCUAAACUUUAACACUAAUACACCUGUCUAUAUACACUCUAUAUACUGUAUAUAUACAGUCUAUAUCAAACAUUAAAGAGAAUAUAAUUUUAUUAUAUUAUGUUAUAGUAGGAAUUAUAUAUAAUUCCACAAACAUCUUCUUUGCAAUCGUUCACAUAUUUAACACAGAAGCAUGUUCAUACACUCACGCACACAAGGGGCAAGCACACACACACACACACACACACACACACACACACACACACAGACACACACACACACACACACACACACACAUAGUGUACACACAGGCACAAUUGACCGUUGACACGGGAGUACGGCUCAGCGGGCUAAAGGUACCGUCAGGAUUAGACGGGCCGACAUCAGAGGGGAUCACGUUCCCCCUGUGGGGGGCCUGUCUCUCAGGUGGAGCACAGGGACACAAGGGAGAGCUAACAAUGUUUAGCCUUUAGCCACGCAGUCAGAUCUGUAGCGCUGGAGCAACAUGAAAGAGCUCUGCGUGCACCUCAGGCCAGGGAGGAUGCGUCGGUCUCCAGCCGCUCUCUCCAGCGGCCCAGUCUAUCCACGCAGCCUUGAGCUCUGUGUCUGUCUGGUCACACCUCCUCACGAAACACUUGUGAACGGUACCUCACAUCCUUUUGUAUCCACCGUUGUGUUCAACUCAUCGCUGCCCACACUUAUGCGUUUAACUUUUGGAGCAAUAUCAGGGUACUUAUAUCGUUUUUUAACUUUUUUGUGUUCGUUUUUGUAUUUUUGAGAAACCAUAUGUUCGUUAUACAUUUUGUGAAUUAAGGUCUGAAUAGUCUUUGAAAUGGAAGCAGGUCAUGUAAAAUAACAGACAUUGUGGUAACAUGGCCACUUAUAGCAGCUAUAGUCUUUUGUAUUUCAUCAGGUGAUGAAAGGCAUUUUCAGCACCAUAAGCCAUUACAUAAGCAAAGGUAUGAUUUCUAUAACUUAAGAUAUAGUUUCAUUAAUAUGAACCUCUAUUUGAGUAUAUAAGUGCACAAAACAAAAGGAAAAGGGAAUAAUCCAACCUUUAAAUGAAUAAUGCUGUAUUGACAUAUGAAAUGUAUAAUACAACUUAAUAUAAUGUUUAUUGCAUAAUUUCUUUUCAUUUUAGGAUACAAUUUACUUGACAAUCACAACCAUGUGAGCAUAGCUGUCAUUAUAAAUGUCAGAAUACCAAUUCAGUGUAAGGAUUUCUCAGGUGCCAUAAAUAAAAAGGGAUUAUUAGGAUAUUUAAUUGUAUUUAUUCUAAUGUUACUGUUUUAUUUGACAUAUUUUACGCAUGUAUCAAGUCAUAGAAACGUCCAAAUAUUAUAAAUACCGUGUUUAAUGUUUAAAUAUAUGAUAGGCCUACACAUGCAUUCUUCUACACGUACAAAGAUACUUCUGUUUGUAUUACGUGACUCGUGAAAUGUAAUGCCUGGUGCCAUAACUUGAGCCUUUUUGCCUCAAAUGUUCAUCAGGUUAAUUUUCACAUAUCUAUCUAUAAACUGUGUAAUGUGCCUUCAUGUGAAAAUUUUCUUUUUUGUGCAAGACAAAUUAAGGUAUUUACAGGCAAGCAAUAAAACCCGCAAGGUAAUUUGGCUAAUAAAAAUUUUCC